AUGCAAAGACUAGAAAAUGAACAUAGAGAAAUAAAUCAUUAUAAAAAACUAGCUCAACAGUCAGAAAAUGAAGUCAAAUUUGAAAAUGAAGUUAAUGCAACUAAAAGACAAAUUCAAAAAUUAAAUCAAUAUAAUUAUUAUAUGAGCAGAGCAAUAACAAAUUACAAGAAUUAUAAUAGAUUAUUGAUUCAAGCAGUUUUGCAACGUCACGUCAUCGAAAUAAUAUUCGCAAAUGCUACACAAUAUUUUCAUGUCUCUGGACGUCAACAACUUGAACAUCUUGAAUCACAAAUUAGUAAUAAAGAAAUUGAGCUUAACCGCGGAUUUGAGGAUACGUCCAGAGAAAACAAUACCGUAUAUGAGCACGCUUUCAUCACUCAAUGUAAACAACAACUAAACGACAUUAUGAACGGACUGCGUACUAUCAAUGAUAAGCAAAAGAAAUCAGAUUCCGAAAAAUAUGCCGUGACUAUCAUUCGCGAGGUUGUAAAGAUAUUUUACUUUAGAUUGAAAGUUCAAGAACCUGUUGUACAACAUAAUUGGUCUUCUGAUGAUAAGAAUUUAUACGUUGAUUUAUGUUAUUUUCCUCUAAUUGGAAAAGAUCUUAUGUCAGAAGAUCGAAAAGUCUAUACACUUGCAAAGGUCGUUAUACGGAAAGCUCAAGUUGAAGUGCAAAAACCUAUUGCGGAAAAUUCAUAUGGUAGUAUGUAUGCUCUAUAA